AUGGAGAAGCAAAUGAGCUUCGUCGUAUUCUCUUGUAUCUUCUUCUUCUUGUUGUUUGGUGCUUAUACAGUUGCAGGAUCGCAUAACUACUACCAUGGUGGCGGAUCAGGAGUGAAGCUUUUCGUAUUCGGGGACUCGUAUGCGGAUACUGGGAAUUGCCCCAAAGCAUUGGCAAGCUCCUGGAAGCAACCUUAUGGAAAUACCUUUCCCGGCAAACCAUCCGGCCGCUUCUCCGAUGGACGUGUCCUCACUGAUUAUAUAGCUGCAUUUCUGGGCACCAAAUCUCCAUUACCCUAUAGAUGGAGAAAAUUUGGUGGGAAAUUGGUACAACAUGGGAUGAAUUUUGCUCGUGGAGGUACAGGUGUCUUCACUACAUUGGUCAAAGGACCAAACAUGACAACACAAAUAAACUUUUUUCAAAACCUCCUUGAGGAAAAUGUGUACACCAAACGCGACCUAAACUCGUCGGUUGCUCUGGUGUCCCUGGCAGGCAACGACUAUGCUACUUACAUGGCACACAAUGGCAGCCUUCAGGGUUUGCCAGUCUUCACCACCGCUGUAAACAACCAGCUUGCCCUGAAUCUGAAACGGAUUCGCGGCUUGGGAGUGCAAAAAGUAGCCCUAACAGCCAUGGAACCCUUGGGGUGCUUGCCUACAUUCACUGCCUCGUCUUCAUACCAGAAUUGCAGUGCAACUGAAAAUGCAGCCACAAAGUUCCAUAACCAAAUGUUGCAGCAAACAGUGCAGAAGUUGAACAAUGAAAGCAGUGGAUCUGUGUUUGUGAUGCUUGAUUUAUACAGCGCUUUCAUGUCUGCAUUGAAGAUAAAAGAAAACCAUGCAGAAAAUUCAGAGUUUGUGAACCCAUUGAAACCAUGCUGCGUGGGUGUGAGCAGAGAAUAUGGAUGUGGAAGCCUAGAUGAGAAUGGAGUGAAGAAGUACAUGGUAUGCAAUAAUCCUGACCAAUCAUUCUUUUGGGACAUAAUACACCCUUCACAACAAGGCUGGCUUUCAGUUUACAAAUAUCUACUAUCUUCUCUCCACCAUCAUCUAUUCAUUUAGUGGAGAAUCUUUUUUUUUUUUUUUUUGGUUAUUUUUUCUUGUUGAUGUUAAUGGUGGUGGUAGUGGUGGUGGUGAGGUUGCUGUCAUCCUUGUGACUUAAUUUUUUUUUUUUUUUGUGUGUGUGUGUGUGUGUGUGUGUGGAGAAUUUAGUGUAAUUUAGUCAAAUUGUUAAAUGAAAUUAAAAUUAAGAAUUGUUUUAAAAAAUAAAAUUCAUUUGUUUCUACCUACACUUGAAUCAUCCACUUGAGAGAUAGAAAUGAUAUCACUGGA